GACUGCUUGACGAAGCUGAGAGCCAAUUUUUUUUGCAAAAGGACAAAAAAAAAAAAAGACGUCUCCAAGCCCAUUCAGUAGUAGCCAUGGCCGAUCAAAAACUGUUGGAUACAGAAGUCACCUUUUCGUCUUUUGAUUUGGACGCAAGACUCGUUAGAGCCCUUGCUAAACUGAAAUUCACCAGUCCAACUCUUGUACAAGCGAAAGCCAUUCCAUUAGCACUCAAAGGUGUCGACAUUCUCGCCCGUGCUAGGACAGGUAGUGGUAAAACUGCCGCCUACAGCUUGCCCGUCAUACAAAAUGUUCUUCAACUGAAGGAGGCCUUCACCGAUACCGAUGAAGCUCGACAAGCUACGAGAGCGUUGAUCCUUGUACCCACUAGAGAAUUAGCCGAACAAGUGACUGAUCACAUUAAGAAGCUUCUUUUGUACUGCUCUCAAGAGAUUACGGUUGCUAACAUUGCUGGCAAUAUCGCUCCUCAAUUUCAAAAACCUAUAUUGGCUGAACUACCUGACAUUGUUGUUGCGACUCCCAGCAAAGCUUUGGCCCACCUUGAAGCUCAAAAUAUGGUAUUGAAGACAUCAUUGGAGAACCUAGUCAUCGAUGAAGCGGAUUUAGUGCUUUCAUUUGGAUACAGUGACGAUGUGCGCAAGAUUUUGACAUAUCUACCAAAGAUCCACAGAAGCUUUUUGAUGUCAGCUACAUUGACCAAGGAUGUCGAUGAGCUUAAGCAGUUAAUUCUCCGAAAACCUGCCAUUUUAAAGCUUGAAGAAGAAGCCAAUGAGGCAGAUAACCUUGUACAAUAUUCUGUAACGUGCUCUGAACGUGAGAAAUUCCUGUUGACGUUUGUCGUACUCAAGCUUCGCUUGAUUCGAGGAAAAAUCAUCAUGUUUGUCAACGACAUUGAAAGAUGCUAUAAGCUCAAGCUUUUCCUCGAGCAAUUCUCAAUCAAAACUUGCGUUCUCAAUUCUGAAUUGCCCUUGAACUCAAGAUACCACAUUGUACAAGAAUUUAACAAAGGUAUCUACGACUACAUCAUUGCUACCGAUGAGAGCGAAUUGAAGGGAGAACAAGAUACAGAUGAUGAAGACGAAGAGAUGGAAGACGACGAGGUUGAUGAUGAAGCCAAUGGGAAAAAGAACAAUACCAAGAAGAGCAAAAAGACUAAAAAGGUAGUCAAGGAUAAAGAAUAUGGAGUAUCCAGAGGAGUAGAUUUUCAAAACGUUGCAGCCGUGAUCAACUUUGAUUUCCCUAAAUCUGCCAAAGCCUACACGCAUCGCAUCGGCCGUACUGCUCGUGGAGGACAACGUGGUAUGAGCUUGAGUUUUGUCGUACCAAAAGACAUAGCAGAGCAGCACCGAGAUCGAGAUCGAACGAUAUCUCGAUCAUCCGCCAUUGAUGACAGCAAAGUGUUGGCUCGCGUGGAAAAAGAUCAAAGCAACCGAGGCGUGUCCAUUAAACCUUAUAACUUUGAUAAGAAACAAGUCGAUGGUUUCCGCUACCGUCUUGAAGAUGCACUCCGAGCCGUCACUGGUGUGGCUGUCCGUGAGGCUCGAGUCAAGGAAUUGAAAAACGAGAUUCUUAACUCUGAGAAACUCAAAGCGCAUUUCGAAGAUAAGCCCAAAGAUUUAGAUUUCUUGCGCCAUGACCGACCUCUCCAUCCCACCAGGGUUCAACAGCAUCUAAAACAUAUACCUCAGUACCUCAUGCCUAAAAUAGCGCCUCCCACGUCAGCAGCAACCGGUACGGCGGUAGCUGACAAUCAAUCUGAAAUACCAGCCCACCAAAUUCCGUUUAAAAAAGUAGACAACAAGAAGCGAUCCAGACAGUACGCUGCUAAUAAGAAGCGAAAGAAUGAUCCACUAAAGAACUUCAGCAUGGGUGCUGGGAAGAAACAGAAGAAGUAAAAUACCUACAACUCCACUUCGGCCCCCAACCUGAAAAAUGUAGCCAAUUGGUUUAGUUAGGCUCUCAAAAUCCCAUUGUUCAUAGCCCAUACAAUUCAAAGUCAUCCAUAAUAUGUAGUUUAGAAAAGUGUGUUUGAUUCAAUAAGUAAAGAGGGGUAAAUCCAACUUAGUUAAAUUGGGGGGAGGGGGGAAAAAAAGAAACAAAUUUUUUUAGCGCUAUUCUGGCUGGAACAAAAUGGCAAGGAUUAUUCUAAAGCAUGGAGCC